UAUUUUCAGACAUUGUUCGGGUUUAUUUUUGUGUGUGACCUUGGUAUUGCCUUGAGCUUUUUGAUUUCAAUAAUGUCUCACACCAUGACGGUACGCACAACCAGGACGACCACGUCCACCUCUUUUAUCGUUCUGAACACGGGACAUUUCAAGACGGGACCUGGAAUCCUGAAGCUCCUCGAAACGCUUAUUGGAGCCACGAUCAUUGGCAUAGUAGCGUAUUACUUCGACAACUAUCGGACGUCAUCGCAACUGUUCGUACCUGAGGUAUUUAUGCUCAUAGUCGCAGUGGCUGCGCUGGUGACAACGUUCAGCCUGUUGGUUAGUUGUUUGCUGUCGAUUCCGACAGCGGGCAUCAUGCCAACGACUAUGUUCGAAUCCAUGUGGCACUUCAUCAUCAUGGUGUUGUACGUUGCGGCUUCGGUGGAAUUCUUGACGAAAACGAACAAUUAUCGUGGAGGCUAUUCUGGGAACACUCGUUUGGACGCAUACUUGGCUGCUGCUGUGAGUGACGCAUUGUUCGAUGUGAAAAUCCAGCGUUAG